AUGAAGAAGAAGACAGCAACCGAAGUUCGCAGAGUCCUGAAGUCCAUUUUCUCGCGACAUGGUAUCCCGGAGAGAGUUAGGUCAGAUAAUGGACCCCCUUUCGAUAGUGGCGAGUACCUCCAUUUCGCGAAUGAGUGGGGAUUCAAAGUUCGUCACAGCAGUCCGAAGUAUCCUCAGUCAAAUGGUGAAGUACAACGAGCCGUACAAACCAUAAAGAGACUGCUCAAGAAAGAGAAAGAGAAAGAAAAAGCUUUGCUAGCUUACCGAUCUACACCGCUAUCCUGUGCAUAUUCCCCAGCCGAGUUGCUGAUGGGAAGGAAAAUUCGCACAACGGUACCAACAUUCCAUAAAUUGUUAACACCGAAGUGGCACGAUCUUAUUAAGCUACAAGAACACGAAGCUCAGUCCAAACUACAACAACAGAAGUACUUCAAUACCCGACAUUGUGCAAUGCCACUUAAACAAAUACCUCAAGGAACUGAAGUUCAUAUUUCUACCCACCCAGAAAAUGGUGUUGUAAAGACUAGUACGGAAAGUCCACGACAGUAUGAAGUUGAGACUCCAACUGGUGUUAUUAAACGCAACCGUGUUCAGUUGUUAUUAAACGCAACCGUGUUCAGUUCCACUGCCAGAAAAAACUAUCGCGCAAAGAGAAACUAG